ACUCGGCCUACUUUUCCGACACUAUGCUUGAUGUUUAUCAUGCGACCCCAAGCAGUAGUACCUUGACAACUUACCUGCAACUGCCCAAACAUGUCUCUCCAAGGCAAGGUCAUUGCCGUGACAGGUGGCGGCAGCGGAAUCGGCCUCGCGACCGCCAAGCUCAUCUCACAGCGCGGGGGAACGGUCUGCAUCGCCGAUGUCAACUCAGACGCCCUUGGUGAAGUUGAAUCGUACUUCACCUCCAUCACACCAUCUGUUCCCUACAUGAUCACAAAAGUUGAUAUUGUCAAUAGACAAGAAAUAGAAAGCUGGAUUGCUGAGAUUCGGGACAGACACGGCCGUCUUGAUGGAGCGGCCAAUAUUGCAGGCGUCAUCGGAAAAGGCCACGGCAUGAACUCGGUAGCAGAACUGGACGACGAUGAAUGGCACAAAAUCAUCGGUGUCAACCUGACAGGCUUGAUGUACUGUCUCCGGGGAGAGCUCAACAACAUCAGUGAUGGCGGGUCGAUUGUAAACAUGGCCUCCAUUCAUGCCACAACUGGCGUUGCCAAUCAUGGUGCAUAUGCUGCGAGCAAACACGGCGUUUUGGGCCUCACUCGAGUCGCUGCGAAGGAAAAUGGCUACCGAGAGGUUCGAGUCAAUGCCGUUGCGCCGGGCCCAAUUUAUACUCCCAUGAUGCAGGGCUUUUAUGACCAGACUGGACGACCAGCAGAUACGCCUUUCGAUGACCCCAUUGCAUUCCGGCGUCAGGGUACUGCUGAAGAGGUGGCAAAUGUGAUUGGAUUCUUACUGGGGCCUGAGAGCUCUUUCGUUAGUGGGAGUUGCUACUCGGUUGAUGGUGCUUGGAUUUGAGGGCCACGAAUGACCACACUGAAUGUUGGCGGGCUUUGCUUGGUUUUAAUGACAGGGACUUUCUGGGUUUAGAGUACGAAUACAACCGGCAUGGCGUCGUAUAAAUUCGCGGGAAACAUAAGGCCUACCUCGGAAAUCUACA